AGAACAGCUCAAGUGCGACAGUUUGCAAUCCCGCUUGCUGAAAUCCGGAUUAAAACGCCAUGCCUUCGCCGUCGCUCCGACCUCAACAAUGGCGACAACGAACAGUCAGCACGAAUGCUUUAUUCGCGUCGCUGGUACUCGUCGUUGCCGCAGGCUGGAUGCACAGUUUGCCAUCUGCAUUCGCCUACGAGAACGCUUGUAACGUUUGCAACUGCUAUGCAUUUACCGUGGAGCGCUGCGACCCCAUGCUGGAUUACAUCCCACUCAACAUUCCAGCGGCAGCAACCGAGCUAGACUUCUCCGACACCAUGAUUACAUCGAUUGACUCUUCGUCAUUUGGCGCGUCUAUUCUGGGCUCUGUGCGCAAACUCCGAAUCGCAAACGCGCAGCUCGCCAACUUGCCAGUCAACACAUUUUCACAUCUCCCAAACCUGGAAUUGUUAGAUCUUUCAGACAACCAGUGGCUCACAAUCUUUCCUUCCGGUGCAUUGCAAAGCAACACCAACCUCAAGGAACUACGAUUGGCACAGACGGGCAUCUCAUCUCUGCAGUCCAACUCGCUCAGUGUCUUUCCGCUGCUGAAAGUUGUUCAACUAUCGUACCUGCAGAUUACGACUUUGCCCACCGGUCUGCUGUCCGGGUUGAGCCAGUUAGAGGAAUUGUACCUGGACAGUAUUGACAUUUCCGUAAUUCCACCUGGCUUUUUCGAUUCCAACACGCAGUUAACGGUUCUUGACAUUUCCUACUCGAAAUUAACGACCGUGCCGACAACACAGCUGAACGUUCUGGCGAAUCUUGAGCUCUUAGACCUCUCAAGUUCUAGAAUCGCCACCAUGCCUUCAACCAGUCUCACCUUGCCCGCGUUAAAAACAUUAUACUUGCAGAACAACGACUUGACUGCCAUUCCACCAGGCGUCUUUUCACAGCUGGCUUCACUCGAAAUUCUCUUUCUCCAUGAGAACAGCCUCACCACUCUGCCAGCAGGUUCCUUCCUGGGCUUGCAACAUCUGGAAACCUAUGAGUUUGCCCCAAAUUCUUUUACGGUUGCGCCUCCCAGCACUUACGGCUCUCCGACUGAUCCACAAAAAUGCCAUUACCAAUGCGCCACCUGUUACGACUCUGGAUCCAACCAAUGCUGUUCAACAAACUGCGUCUCCUGCACGGUCACAGGAUGUUUACUUUGCGCAUCGGGAACAACUUGGAGUGAUGGUAGUUGUUGGUUGCAGGAUGCCGCCUCUUCCGUGUCCUCAGCUUCCCGCGUGUCCGUGGCUUCUGUUGCGAGCGCAUCUGCCUCCAAAGCAAGCGUUUCAGUCCAAUCGGCAUUGUCCGCAGCGUCGAUGGAAUCCUCCGCGUCCAAGGCGUCAAUUGUUUCGGCAACGUCAGCCGCUACGGUUUCUGCGCGAUCGGCAACGUCAGCCGCUACGGUUUCUGCAAAUUCGGCAGCAUCCGUUAUUGAAGCAUCUGCGGCAUCCGUCGUUUCUGCUGCAUCUGGUUUCUCUGCGUCUGUUGUCUCUGCGGCAUCCGUUGCUUCAGUAUCGUCCGCAUCUGCCGCCUCUGCCGCCUCUGUCACAUCUGCACAGUCGGUCACAUCGGUCCAAUCCAGCGCGUCAGUGGCAUCCGUUGCUUUAGUGUCGUCUGCUUCUGCGGCGUCUGUGGCUUCUGCAGCAUCGGCAAAUUCUCUGAUCUCUGUCGACUUUGUGGUCUCUGUCGACUCUGUGGUCUCUGUCGCAUCCGUUCGAUCGAUUGGCGGUGGAUCCACCACCGCCACUCCUGCGCCAUCUGCAGUCCAAUCUCCAACUCACGUGCUCUCAUCUGCGCGUGACGGAUCUUCAGCCGCCAGUGUGGCUUCGUCCUCGUCUGCUUCUUUGGCUCUCCCCCCUCAAAGCGACCAAGCUUCGUCAUCAUCCUCUGCCAUUGUCGGUGCUGCUGUUGGUAUUGUGCUGCUCGUUCUGAUCGCAGUCGUCGCGUUUGUGUUGUAUCGUCGUCACAAGCGCCGCCUGCAGCCUUUCGGCUCGCGCAUUUCCUUGCAAAAGUCUGACUCGACGCUGGUGCCGAUGCAAGCGGUCGGUUUCCCCUCAAGCCAAUCCCAAUCCCAGAGCGAGGUGUACGCUUCGCCAAAUCAGGUCGAAUCCGCGUACGCGACUGUGGGCCAACGCGUGUACAGCAAUGAUCCUCCGAAGCCAAGCCCCGAGUAUGCAUACGCCACUAGCCCGGGACGCAUCUACAGUGAUAUUGUCACGGAAACAACAUCACUCAGACAAGGUCUUGUGCUUGGCGCCAAACUAGGCUCGGGCGCAUUUGGGGUUGUUCUCCGUGGCCAGUUACCAUCCAAUCUCGUGCCUAAAGAUGCCAAGUACCUGCUGGCGGACGAAAGACAGCCGCACCUGGACGUCGCAGUCAAAACCAUUCCAUCUGACGCAGAUCCUAAAUCUCGGCGCGAGUUUAUCGAAGAGGCCCGCAUGAUGGCGCGGUUCGACAAUCCCAAUGUCGUGCGCGCCAUCUGCUCCUUGCUCGAAGCAGAGCCUCUCCUGUGCGUGCUGGAACUGAUGCCGUUCGGCGAUUUGCGAGGUGUGUUGCAAAAGUCGAUCAAAGUCCAAGUGUCGUGGACGCGUGCAGAGUCGGCACACGCCCUGGCUCAAGUCGCUCGCGGACUCGACUACCUCGAGCAAAUUCGCUUUGUUCACCGUGACAUUGCGGCGCGGAACUGCUUGGUCGGCGCGAAUCUCGCCGUCAAAAUUUCCGAUUUUGGGCUGUCGCGCGCCAUAGCCGAGGAGAGUGACUACUACCGCAUGGAGACCAAAGGUCGUCUUCCAGUGAAGUGGAUGGCUCCUGAGUGUCUAUUGUAUCGCAAGUUUACGCAUCAAAGUGAUGUCUGGGCAUUUGGUGUUCUUGCUUGGGAGGUUUACUCUUACGGCGCAUCGCCUUAUGGAAACCAAAAGGGUCCGGAGAUUCUCGCGCAGGUGGAAGGUGGCUUCCGACUGCAAAAACCUGCAGGAUGCGCCGACGUUGACUUUGAGCAAGUUUUCAACUGCUGGAAUCGUGAGCCAUUGUCCCGCCCGUCCUUUGCCGCAUUGAGUGCGUACUUUGCGCAAGUAGCUUUGAACACGCCCUCGCAUCGCGAGGUCGGCAAUGACAGCUAA